UGUUCACGUCAUUUCUAUAUCUAGUCAAGCCUUUGCUUACAGUGACAAGGCUAGUGACAGAUUGGGGUCAAAUGCAAAUGAUUGAGGCCACUCUAUUACAUGGUCCUGCGCACAUCACUUAGUGCAUUAGCCUCAUAUCUUAUAGUCAGGAUUGUUCCAGUCAACAUUAUGUUGUGAAUAACAGUGAUUAUACAGCACUGUAUGUGGAAAUAGCCUGUCUGAAGGACGCUUUUAUGGACGGGCUGUUAUAGGCGGUAUUGGGUUACUCUCAUUACUGUGUAUAGUUAGUUGUUACAUGAGCGGCUGAGCACAAAGUGCUACUAUUGCCACAGCAGUCAGAUUACUGGAUUACUGCCUUACUGUCUCCACUAGAGACAGUGAGGGGCUAAACAGAUUAAGAGGCUUCUCCCAGGACUGUAGUAUCUCCUGUUGAUUUUUCCCGGAUGCAAUUCAUCUGAUGACAGCUUAUUUGGAUAUUUGAUAAAUCACAGGCAGCAUCAAAAAGAGUAAAUCAGCAGAGACAAUUUGGUAGUAUAAAACCUAGACAUGAAUAAGUGGUUUUAGAGGUAAACUGCAGAGCAGUGCAGUGUUGAAUUUUCUUAUGCUAGAACAUGUCCGAAGUAGCUGCUGAGGUUUACUGUCCAUUAUAUGACUACAAGCGUCAGACUACAGCUUCAGGUUUGUAAGAUUUUUUUCUUGCUCCAGUUGAAUCCUGAGUCAAUGGUUAAAUGGUGCUGAUAAAAUCUAAUUUUGGGACAAGAUCAAAACGGCAGCGGGACUCUGCCACAUCAUCAUGGAAACCUCUAUACACAGCACCAGUGAUGCAGAGGAGAAAGAGGACUCUUGUUAUGCAGAUGAGGAUGAUGAUGAUGAUGAUGUGUACCUUGUCAAAGAUGAUGAUGAUGAUGAUGAUGAUAUCUAUCAGGAAUUUGAGGAAUUGGACUUCUUCCAGUUACCAGACAACAAAAGCAUUGUGUCAGAUGAUUCCUUCUAUCCAACUGACAAUUCAGUCUCCUCUCAGAGAUCCCCAACCCCUGAGGGUCCAGAGCCUCGCACUUUUUUCAUGGCAUGCUGCAGUAACAAUGCCGUCAUAGCCAAAAUUAUGAUCAGGCAAGGAGUCAGUGAAGAGGAAGUUCGAGAAGUGGAUAAAAACAACAGGACUGGUCUGAUUGUGGCGUGUUAUCAGGGCUAUGUGGACAUCGUCAUUGCCCUCUCACAGUGUCCAUAUGUGGAUGUGAACUGGCAAGACAGCGAGGGCAACACAGCUCUCAUGACAGCUGCACAAGCAGGUCACAUUAUGAUCACCAACUUUUUACUGAACUACUUUGCUGGGGUGGACAUUGAACUCAGGAACUGUCACGGCUUCACGGCCAUUAUGAAAGCAGCCAUGCAGGGCCGUGCCAACUGCGUCCGGGCCCUUAUGAUGUCAGGUGCGGACAUUGAGGUGAGGGACUAUGGGCGUAAGCUGACACCGCUCGAGUGGGCACUUUUCACAGGCCACUAUGAGACAGCACGGAUGAUGCAGAGGCUUAUGGCCCGACCAUGUGCCGAGCAGUUCUGUGACUCAUUCCGCAUGGAGUGGCCCAAGUUGUCUCAACUGGUGUGCCAGGCACAGGAGCCCCGACCAUGCUGGAGGCAGCUGUCGGAGCGCAUGUGUGGCACCUUCAACCUCAGAAUGAGGAUGGAGCCUCUGGAGGAGGGUGUGCUAGACUACAUGGUGCGCCUGACCACAGCGCUGGCAAGUCCGCUUGUGGCCACUGCCUGCAGCACAGUAUGCCCAGGCAGCCCACCAUGUGUAGGCAAACAUCGACCAGCUGUCCCAGAUAUCCUGCGGGACAAUGACAAGCCGGUGGAGGAUCUUAAGAGCCUGGAAAACUAUAAGCGACUCUUCCAGAAUGGUCGUAUGCCACUGGUUUUCAAGGAACAGGAGCAGUGUGCCAGGCUGCAAGUGCCAACGCUGCCAGAUGUGGUGUUGGCAUCCAGCAUGACAUUGCGCAGAAACAGCCUGCUGCUGCUGCCCAUGAUAUGCAGGAGAAGCGUGUACCCAGGCCUGGUGGUGCCCAGAGUAUGCCUGUGUAAGGCUCCACCACCAACCUACACACCCGAGAGGAACCAGUGCAGGAGCAAGGAUCCACAGUACCUGCAGGUGCCCAAGUGGAAGUACAAGGCAUUGAAAGAGGAGAAGGAGCAGGAAAAGCAAAACAACAAGCUGAGGUUUCCUAUCGUGAAGAAGAGAUGACGUGAACAUGGAUGUUGCAUUGUGAUCGGAUAAGUCUUCCUCUGUGAUUCUCUCAUCAGUUGUCUGUACGUAAUAGCCGGAGGACUCUCGUCUUUCCAAAGAUGAUGACUGCUGUAACCAUUCAGCUAUAUAAUAGAAGUUUCAAUCCGGACUAAGUAUUAAUGUUUUUUUUUUUGGAUCUUCUUAUAGACAUGACACAUUACAGCUAGAAGUUUAUUCUUUAUAUACUAUAUAUUUUCUCUUUAGAGGAAAAUAUUUGAAAUUGUUGCAAAUUUAUUUGUAUUUUUUACAUGAACAGCUUUUACUUCUCUUAUUGUAAACAAACAGGAGAGUUUUGUUCAAAUAUUUCACAUUAUCAAACAGCAAAUAGUUUUGACUGGUUUAGGCUGGUAAUAUAUAAGUAUAAGCAAUUACAAUAAGUAAGUGUAUGAGAUUUCUUCAUUUCUAAGGAAUUGCAUGUCCACUUAUAGCAAGCCAUUACAGUUUGUGGUGUGUAGUGGGUCCAGUAGGGGGAGGUAUUGUACCUAGACAUCACUACAUACACGGCACAGCCUCGCAGCAUUUAACCCAGAAAUAUUCUCAUCUUCAUUCUCCCAGCGGGUGGCCCUGUAAUUAUAUCUUAAUUCUUAUUCUCUGAUAUGUUCUUAUCACACUGGAAUUAACAACAAAGAUGAAUAUCUAGGCAAUUAGAAAGGGCAAUAAUCACGCAUAAGUCCUAAUUUACCUCAUCAGCGUGUUGUUCUGAACCCUUAUUC